AUGUCUUUCGCAUCCAAGCAGCCGCCCAGUCUUUAUUACGAGACAACUCGUCAGAUGGCUGAGGCAGAGGUGUUGGCUCGCACGUGUUCCAAGGAAAUGUGGAGUUCUGAGCAGUGGAGGGAAUGGUGCGAGCAGCUGCAAGGCAAUGCCAGGAUCGAGAAAGCACCCUUGCAGCUGCACCCACAGAGGGAAGAGGAGCGUGCCAAAGUCAAAGAAAGCGAGCUGGUAAGACUGGAAGUCAGCGCAAGGCCCCCGGUGACGGAGUACCAUGGCUUCCCAAAGCGGACUCCGAAGUCCUCGCGCACGAUCUGGGAGCAGCAGGCCCGCUGGAAGGAAAGCACUAACCAUGCUCCCGGCAUUCCUUCGGACUGGCUGGGUCGCCAGCUUCUCGCGGCUUUGGGGCAUGUGCCCAACAAGGAGAACGAUCUUCAUUCCAACAUUGGCAAAGCCAUCGAGCGUUUGGAAGGCAUUGUCUUGGGCGGGCCAACUCUACUCAUCACUGCCUUUGCCCGGAUGGAGGAACUCCAUCCUAUCGGUGCCAUCCGGCACUUUUCGGUCGGCUGGCGCUGGGACUACCAGGGGUCGCAGACCGCCGGAAGUCAUUGGAAAGCCAUCCACAGCUUGUUUCGACAGGUGGCAGAAGGAAGCAAGAAGGCCGGAGGCAUUGCUUAUCGGGGUCGCAGACCGCCGGAACUCAUCCACAGCUUCUUUCCACAGGUGGCAAAGGAAAACAAGAAGGCGAGGACCGAGCGUGUGCCGAGCGACUCGUCGGGGUUGGUGGCAGAAGGAAGCAAGAAGGCGAAGACCGAGUGUGUGCCGAGCGACUCCUCGGGGUUGGUGGCAGAAGGAAGCAAGAAGGGGUCGCAGACCGCCGGAACUCAUUGGAAUGCCAUUCACAGCUUGUUUCGACAGGUGGCAGAAGGAAGCAAGAAGGCCGGAGGCGUUGCUCAUCGGUUGGCUUGCGACUCAGGGGUCGCAGACCGGACUUGCACGCUUCUACGCUCUUUCGGUGGUUCAUCACUUCACUGUGAGGAAGUCUACGAGACGAAAGAAGUCUACGAGAUCUUUCAGAUGCUCGAAGCCUCCCAGGAAGUCUACGAGACGGACGACCCUGAACAGAAGAACGAAGCCUCCCAGGAAGUCUACGAGAUGGACGACCCUGAACAGAUGAUCGAAGCCUCCCAGGAAGUCUACGAGAUGGACGACCCUGAACAGAUGAUCGAAGCCUGCGAGGAAGUCUACGAGACGAAAGACCCUGAACAGAAGAACGAAGCCUCCCAGGAAGUCUACGAGAUGGACGACCCUGAACAGAUGAUCGAAGCCUCCGAGGAAGUCUACGAGACGAAAGACCCUGAACAGAAGAACGAAGCCUCCCAGGAAGUCUACGAGAUGGAUGACCCUGAACAGAUGAUCGAAGCCUCCGAGGAAGUCUACGAGACGAAAGACCCUGAACAGAAGAACGAAGCCUCCCAGGAAGUCUACGAGACGGAAGACCCUGAACAGAUGAUCGAAGCCUCCGAGGAAGUCUACGAGACGCGCGACCCUGGUGAGAUGAUCGAAGCCUCCCAGGAAGUCUACACGUUGGACAGCCUUGGACAAGUGAUCGAUGCCGACGGCUGCGUUCACAUAGAGUACGUAGAGGCGGAGCACGCAGACAUUUGGAGGUUCAUGGUUGCCCUCGGCGAGGGCAUCCGCCCUUUGCUGGGGGCCGCAUGGCCCACGGGAUCUGCAGGUGCAGUCGUCCAAAGGUUGGCGGCAUCCCUGCCUCAGGAGCUUCGCUCCAUGGAGGGCUUACGCCGGCGAAGGCAAAUUCUCCUCGAGGCGCUCUCGAGGGCAGGUCUUUCUGCGCCGGGCGGCCGGCCACGUGCUGGCGGACACAUGGUGGCAAAGCUGCCGGAAGACAUCGACGAGGGGGAGUAUUGUUCGGCCCUAGAGCGACACAACGUGGCUGCGGAGGCCGGCUCUGCGCUGGGAUGCCCCGGCUGCGUCCGCCUCUGCUUCUCCCAGAGUUUCGAUCUUCUCGAGGACUCGGUGCCCGUGUUCGCCACUGCUGUACAAGAGGUGCGGCGGGGCGUCCGGGGCGAAGCUGCGGCAGCGGCGGCCAAGAAGGCUGCCAAAGCCCGGUCCAAGUCCACUCAACCCUCGGCUGAGCAGCGAGCUCCCCCAAGAGCCGACGAGACGAUGCCCGAGGAGGCUCCCAUCACCGCCGCUGAUGAUGCUGCUGCUCAGAGAGAGGCGCCGCCUGCGGAGGAGGUGUCAGAGCGCUUGGAGGCGGAGGCUGCAGAGGCACCCGAAGACGAAGCAGCUGAGGUGGCCGACGAGCCUCCGCCGGAGCCCGCAGCAGAGGCAGAGGCGCCAGAGACGCGGCCCAGCACCAGUUCCUCGGAGCCUCCGGAAAGCGUGGAUGCAGGUCCCCAAGGAGUCGAGCGAGAGGCCGAGAUAGACACGGCUGCCUUGGCAGCUGCUGAAAAGCGAGGAGAUGCCGCGCCGCUUCCGGCACAGCUGCGCCAAGGCGCCCGGGCUGUGGCGUGCGUGGCGCAGCUGAGUGGCGCGAUCACCACGGAGCUCAUCGCCCAAGCCGGGUUCGAACUCAUCAUCGUUGACCACGAGAAUGGCCCGGGCGACUUUUUCUCGGCGGCGAAUCUCGUGAGGUCUUCUGUGGGAGCGGGAGCCCACUGCAUCCUCCGGCUACCCUGUGCGGAGCACACGCAGGUUUACCGAGCUCUCGACGCCGGAGCUGAAGGUCUCCUUCUGCCUCAGGUGCAGAGCCGAGGUGAGGCCGAGGCUUUCGGGGCCCUGGUCCGAAAAGUCAGCGAGCGGACGCGCGACGACGAAUAUCUUGAGUGGCGGAGCUCGCCACUGCCGCUGCCGGAAGCUGCCACGGCCGGGGAGGAAGAUCCGAUCCCGGUACCCCGACCAUUGGUCGCAGUGGAGAUGGAUCCCAGCUGUACAAUCGAUGUGGCUGAGGAGCUGUUGAAGGCCGAUGGUGUAGAUCUGGUCUUAGUAGAUCCAGAUCGCUGCCUAGAGUCGAUCCUGGCAGAGUAUCGCGUGAACACGCCGGCACCCGAGGACGCGACCUCGUCACAAGGCUUCCCACCGCGUGUGCCGCUUGCGUCUGGCAACGCUGAGAGCCCUCGCGCCAAGGACCACGGCAAGUUUCCACCAGAUUCCAUCGACAUGGUUCGAAUUCUAGGAGCCAGAUGCGCCGGGAAAUACCCUCCGUUCCGCCACUCCGCCGCCUGGCCCACCACCGACGACGACCCGCGCUCCCCAGCCGCGCCGCCGAGCGAAGGAAGCUCGUUGGCUGCAGCGCCGGGUGCCCAAGUGCUCAUGGGUGCACACGGCCGCACGGCGCCCUUCGAUCUCCUGGUCCAAGGCCACAGCGUGGUGGCGCUUUGUGCCGAUUUGGCACUCCUCCGUGAGGGGGCUUAUCGCCACGUGACGGAGAUGAAGAGUGAGAGGCAUCAUGGCGCUCAGCAGCGCCAUUGGGCUGCACCCUUGGAGUCGGCGAGGGCCAGGCUGGCCACCAGUGCCCUGGUGAGCCAACUAAGGAGGCAGAAGAAGGCCGUGGCUGCUUUCCUCCACCUGGGCGAUGCCCUUGCAGCCGAAGCUGUGGCCAACGCCGGCUUCGAGGCCCUGGUUCUCGACCAUGAGCAGGGACCGGGCGAUUUGCUCAACGCCGUUGGCCUGGUUCAUGCCGCGGCGAGUGCUGGAACUCAUCCUCUGCUUAGAGUUCCCAGCAACGAUCCGGGAUACCUGCGCCGGGCGUUGCAGCUGGGCUUCGAAGGGCUGAUCCUGCCCAUGACGGAGACGGCGGAACAGGCAGCCCAGUUCGUGGCCAUGGCCCGCAGAUCCUUCCCGGCCAUGUCUUCGCUGAGAGGCGCAGGUGGUCCGGGGGCCGCAGCUGUGCGAAGCGCGGCACCCGUGGCAAGCCAAUUCCUGCGUCGUCGUGGCGAAGAUUUGCUGAUGAAAGCCGUCCAGGUCGAAACUGAGACGGGUUUGGCGAAUGUGCGCGACAUCGCCAAAGUGGAAGGACUUGACAUGGUCUUCUUCGCCCCCGUCGAGUUGGCGGCUUCAGCGCCCAGGGGUCAAGAGGCUGGGCUUCUCCUGGCUCUGGAGACCGCUGAGGCCGAAGUCAAGAGGGCCAAGAAACUCCUGGGAGGCAUGUUAGUCCCGGGCCGGUCUGCGGAGAUGAUGUUCGCCGCCGGUUACGACCUGGUUUGCACCACCAGCGAUGUGAUCUUGGUCCGUGCCGCCGCAGAGAACAUCGUGCGGGAGGCGAAACCGCCCGCCACGGGGCCCAAAGGUGGCCUUGUGCGCUUCGUGACCUCCGGACGGGAGGCCAAGUUCGCGCGCAACGACGAGACGCUUGUGGCGAGGCUGAAGAAGUCCAGACAGGCCCGGGCUUUGGGCGCCCUCGUGCGCCUGGGCUCCGCUGCGGCUGCGGAGCUCGUGGCCGCCUCCGGCUUCGAGGUCGUGGUGCUAGAUCACGCCCGCGGCGCCGAAGAUCUGUUGGGAGCUGUGGCGCUUGUCCACGCGGCGUCGCGAGCGGGUGCACACUCGCUGAUGCGCGUGCCAGCCUUGAGCCAAGCGCACCUGCGGCGGGCUCUGCAGGUCGGCGUGGAAGGGAUCAUCCUCCCUGGAGUCGAGUCCGCGGAGGAGGCGCAUGCUUUGGUGGAGUUGUGCCUCUACCCUUCCAGGAAUCUUCGAGAGGACAGCCACGCUUCCGAGGCGCGCUUGAAGAAUCAGCCUUUCCGCCGGAUGGACUUCAGCUUCGCUCCGCCACUGGUCGAGUUCUACGGCCAAAGGGUGGCCGAAUUCAGCCGAAGGCAGGGAGAGGCUCUUCUGAUAGCGGCGCAGGUGGACUCGCCCGAGGGCGCCGCUCGGAUCCGCGAGAUCGUGAAGGUGGAGGGGAUUGACAUGAUCUUCGUGGAUGCCAUGCGGCUGUCAGGAGCAGACGUUGAGCGCAUUGAGACGGCCGCGAAGAAGCAUCACAGGUUGCUUGGGGGCCUUCUUGUACCUGGCUGCCACGUCGAGGACAUGUAUCGCGCAGGCUACAAGCUUGUUUGCGCUGCUAGUGACCAUGGUCUGCUGGCGGAAGGCGCGAAGGCUUGCCUCAAGGCCGAGCGACCGGCGGAGUGA